UUCCGCUGGUCGACGAAAACGUAGGGGAUGGAAGCCAGGUACAACGAUGAUGACAGGAUCCCUUGAGACACAUAGAGAUCUAAAAUCGCUCUUUAUGAGACGGAUGGCUGCGCAGAUGUUUCGAAAAGCUGCAGCACUUGGAAUAGGACUUGUUGGCUUUUUCAGUCUGACGUUGUUCAUCAUGAUGCCAGAUACGCUUUAUCGACCGAAGACAACAAAACAAGUGCUUCCUGAAUUUCGUUAUGUGGCCGCUUUAAACAGUGUCCAACUAGAGAGACUAUACGCUGCCAACUUGACAGAGGUAGCACGUGAAAACGAGCACCGCCUUAGCCAUGUCCAACAUGUGUGUCGCAAUAGACGAGAGAUUCGAGAGGCCUUUUCAAUCGGUGAGAUGUGGGCGUCCCCGCGCCAUUCAAUUGCCUUUUGUGUUGUCCCAAAGGUUGGAUGCACCUAUUGGAAGCGUAUAUUUCGAUUUAUUGAGAAGGACUACUCAGAUGCAGGGGUAAACGCUCCGAGUGAUAUUGACAGAAUAAGCGUCCAUUAUGAUAAGUUAUCGUCCGUUGUCAGAGUAGACCUAAGGAACCCUGGAGAUGAAAACAAUAUAGUCCCUGCUUUGAAAUUCAUGUAUACACGAGAUCCAUAUGAGCGAAUUUGGUCUGCUUAUUUAGAUAAAUAUUUCUUGCCGGAUUUCUGGCACAGGGCCAAGGGAGUUGCCAAAGCAUUGCGACCUAAUGUAACUUCGACGUCACUAAAAUGCGGAAAUGACGUCACUUUUGCAGAACUGCUAGAAUACAUUGUCAACAACAGACAUUUUACUGACAGCGAAAGACGUGUGAAUGAACAUUUUCAGCCGACGGUGUUUAGUUGCAACCCUUGCAAAUAUCCAUUUGACAUUAUCGGUAAAGCAGAAACCUUUGCAAAGGACGAGGGUUUGAUUCUCGCUAGUGCAUGGUUGCUAGGUAAGGUUAGUGAACGUAAACAUAGCGACCGAGUAUUGACAGAAGUUAAUUCUUUGGUUGACUAUAACCUUGAUAUCAAAGACAAGCUAAAUGUGUAUAACAACAUGGCAGACGAAUGUUUCAGCUUUAUUGACGUCAGCAGACGGCUGUGGAAAGUAUUUCAGUUUAAUGGCUACAUCGGAGAUGAAGUUCACUUUCCAGACAAGAAGUUUGAUGGCUUACAAGAUAAAGACGCGUACAAGAAGAAACUGAAAGAAAUCAUUUUUGAACUACGGAAGAAGGCCGAAACAGAUACUCUAAACAAGUGGAAAUUGCAGAGAAAGAACUCCGUGCAGGAAGCAUUUAGAACAUUGCCUGCAACUCUAAUCGCAAAUUUUACGACAAUGUUUUCCUACGACUUUGAGCUAUAUCAAUAUGAGAAACAUCCCGACUGGCUUCAUAGAAACCAUGUUUGA